UUGUGUUUGUGGUAUGCUUUAUAAACUCCUGUUUUGCAAUAUUAUUAAGUUGAGUAACGGUAUGUAUUUUGCUGUUUUGUGAGCACACCGGUAAUGUCGUUUGUUGUUUGUUGAGCUUACAGUAGACACAAUGUGGUGUUGGUGCAUUGCAGCAGCUCUUUUGUGGACCGUCAUAGGUACAGAGGGAAGAGCUGUCCAUUCACUUCCAAACUUUGGAACAAGCUACCAUGUCAAAGGGGUGAUCUCUCUGCCCUAUGCAGAGAUUAAGGAGCCGUUUGAGGCCUGGUUUGACCUUGCAGCAAAGUCCAGCCGAAUAGACUAUUACGGUGGCCAAGUGUCGACGUACCAGUUGGCGACUGAGGAGCAGUGGGGCACCUCCUAUAAAAUUAGCCCUGAGACGACUGAAACAGAGCUGAAUGUGAAGAAGUGUUUCCAGGUCAAUGGUACAAAGGAUGACCCAGUCAAACCGCAGGCAGCAGUGCCUGAUGUGCAGGGCUUCCAGUUCCUGAGGGUGGAACAGUAUGCAGGCUUCCCAUGUGAAGUGUGGCAAAAUGUCACCAUGAAAGGCUACAAGAAGAACACAUACACACUGUGGGUGACCCGUUCAGAGAGUGGUGCAGAUGCUACACCUUUACACUACGAGAUGAUGGGAUAUAACACAUUGUUGGGCUCCCACUAUGACAAAUACUUGGUGGACUACAAGGAGUUCAGCUCUCAUGUGGACCCCAAAGUCUUCUUGCUGCCUGAAGGAAUGACUUGUGGUGGAUUUCCUGGUCCAGGAGUGGAGCAUCACAUACUGGCCAACCCAAUGAAAGAGCUCAUCCACACCACAGCAGUAGGACAUUCACAGCAAAUCUUUAACCAUUUCAAGGAGAAACAUCAGCGUCGGUACGGUGACGAAAAGGAGCAUGAGGAGAGGGAACAAGCGUUUCUUCAUAAUCUCCGGUACGUCCACUCCAAAAACAGAGCAGGGCUGUCCUUUUCUCUUUCUCUGAACUCGCUGUCCGAUCUCACAGCACCAGAGCUGACCGUUAUGAGGGGAAGGAAACGAGGCAAGACUCCAAACCGAGGGCUCCCCUUUCCCUCAUAUGAUGGAGUUCAAGUACCAGAGUCAUUAGACUGGAGGCUUUAUGGUGCUGUGACUCCAGUGAAGGACCAGGCCAUCUGUGGGUCCUGCUGGAGCUUUGCCACCACUGGAACAAUAGAGGGCGCUCUCUUCCUAAAGACGGGCCUCCUGCAGGUUCUGUCUCAGCAGAUGCUGGUGGACUGCUCUUGGGGAUUUGGGAAUAACGGCUGCGAUGGAGGUGAGGAGUGGAGAGCAUAUGAGUGGGUCAUGAAACACGGAGGUAUCGGCACAACAGAAACAUAUGGAUCCUACAUGGGAAUGAAUGGAUUUUGCCAUAUGAAUGAGAGUCAGCUCACUGCUCGCAUCAAGAGCUACACCAACGUCACUUCAGGAGAUGCAGAGGCUCUGAAGGUGGCGCUGUUUAAAAAUGGACCAGUGGCUGUCAGUAUUGACGCGUCACAUCCAUCAUUUGUUUUCUACAGUCACGGUGUCUACUAUGAACCUGCCUGUGGUAACACCACUGAUGCUUUAGAUCAUGCUGUGCUUGCAGUGGGGUAUGGCAGCCUUAAAGGGGAGCCGUAUUGGUUGAUAAAGAACUCCUGGUCCACCUACUGGGGAAACGACGGCUACAUCCUCAUGUCAAUGAAAGAUAACAACUGCGGUGUCACCACUGAUGCUACAUUUGUAACUCUAGCAUAGAUGUACAAACAUCUGUAUUUUAAUGGUGUCAAGUUCUGUUAAUGCCACUGUGUGAGUGCCUGCGCAUGAAUGUCUGAUUUUCUUAUCACUUUUAGCUGCCUGAAAACACUUCGUGUUAAUUUUGCUGGUGAGUUUGUUGUGUUUGAGGUGAUAAUGAUGCACACAAACUUUCAGACAUGGAUUUUAACAAGUUUUAUUGCUGGUCGCACACAGGCACAGUGCCUUCACAUAAGUUGUCUAAAGUACAUUGGUCUUCACAUUUUCAUUUGUUCUUGUACUUUUAUCAUGUGAUGCAUUCAAAUGCACUGGGCUGGAAUCAAUGCAAUAAAGGCUGUAAUGUUUUA